CAAUUUCCUUGAACUAGAACAAAGGCAAAAAGGGAAGAGACCUACUUUGAACAAGACAGAAGCAAAAAAAGGAAAACUAAUUAAUUAAAUUUUAAAAUAUAAUCAUCCAUACGAUUAUUGAAAUACCUUGAAACUGGAUAAACGCAAGAUGAGUGGUACACGUUUCGCCCGCACAGGGCGAUGUCGAUUUUUGGUUUGUUUUGCCAUACUGGUGCUAAUGGUGGGCAUGGUGGUCAUAUUCCAUAGUUCUCAGUUACAAUUGGAUGAGACCCGAGAACAGCGUUUACACUGUGAACAACAACAGGAGGCGUUAAACGAGAGGUUGACAUCCCUUGUCGAACAGAAAUUCCACUUGGAAAAGAAUCAGGAACGUGAACGUACCGAAUUUUUGGAGACAAAACGUAACCUGGAACAAAAACUUAAAAACACCGACGAAAAAUAUCAAAAAGAACAAGUGGAGGCACAAAUGCGUUACGAAAAACUGGAACAGGCCCAUAAGCUACUUCAAAGUAAACACAAGGAACUCAAAGAUGAAAGUAUGAAAUCGAACAAACAACAUCUGGAGAAUAUAAACGGCCUGGAGAAGAAGGUACAAUCGCUAAAAUCCGAGUUAAAUAAGGAGAAGUCCAACAAAUCUGGCGAGGUAUAUAUGUGGAAGGAAAAAUAUAAUACCGCCGAACAAGAAAAACAACGUUUGGAAAAUCUUUUCUCGGCCACAGAGACACAACAGCAACUGGACCGCCUUAAAGAACUGGAAGCUCAACUAAAAGACUACCAAUCACAUUGUGAUUAUAAAUCACGAAAUCCAGUGUUUCCACAAUCCAACGUUGUCGACAAUCCCCCCAGUAGCACCAGUCAAAAAACGUUCAACCUACAGGAGCCAGUGAGUGAUGGCGUUUACCGUAUUUCGGUAAACACAACUAGAAAUAAUACAUUAAACGAUUUAAAAAAUAAUAAGGCAGGAGAUUAUGGUGUUGGACCUCGCAAGGAUUUUUAUUCUAAUACAAAACAAACUACAACAACAACUACUACUUCUACUAUUUCUACUCCUACUAAACAAGAUACACAAUUCAAUUCAAAUACUAAUCCAGUGUUUAAGCCUCUGAUAAACAAACAUUAUAAUGGUAGUUUAAUACUAAAUUCCGUUGAAAAUUUUCAGAUUGUACCAAAGCCCAUCAAAAGAGUCGACGAUCAGAUGAAGCCUGAUGGGGAAGAGCAACCACAACAACAACAACGAGAAGAACGCAAACAACAAGUUGCACCAUUGGGUGCACCAAAACAUAAUAAAUCAGGCUCAUCAUCGCCCUCAACAAAGUCCGAACCUCAAAUGGCUGCAGCUGCAUUGAACAAUGCCACCUUGGCUAAUACAAGAACUGCUCGCGACAAUGCUAUCAGCAGCAGCACAAGUAGUAACUCACCACCCUUGGCAUUGCCACCCAAUCAAAAGAAAUUACCCGAAAAUGUUGCCCCAUAUCCGGAACAUUUUGAAGAUUUGCUACAAAAGUCGAAUAAUGACCAGCAGUCGAAGAAUGCCGAAGAGGAGGCAAAUAAUAAAAAUGAAGAAAAUCUUGCCAAGGCCGCAGCUGCCGGUUUAAAGGCUUCAAACAAUAAUAAUAACAACAACAAUAAUAAUUAUGACUUUGGUGCUGAUGAUGUCAAUAAUGAUGAUGAUCUCAUGGGUGGUCCUGGUGGCCUUAUGGCAGGAGAUAACGAAAUGGUCGAUGGCGGUGCUGCAGCCGGUGACAUUGCUGUCAAACACAAUCAACAACUAAUGGAUGAUAAUUUAAAAAAUGAAGUAGCCGAAGAUCAGGGUAAAGAAUUUGGCGAUGGUCUACGUUUAGAUGAGGGUGAAGGUGGUGCUAUGGAGGAGGACGAUGAUGAUGACUAUUCAAAUCCCUCGGCUAAAAGGAAAGCUGAUAAAGCUAUACGCCAUUAAACCAAGCUAUACCGACGAGAUGAGUACACAUUAUUAAAAAAAAAUAAAACAAAAA